UUUACAAUCGUUAAGAGAAAGUUUUAUUGUUAUAUUUGGAUAAUACAACCUUCAAAUUUUCAAGUUAACAACGAUUGAAUUGUUUUUAAUAUAAAAUUACAAAUAGGCACAAAGAAGAUUUUCCUAUUGUAAGCGUUAUAUUAUUCGGGAAAGAUCGGCAGUUGUCGGGGGCGCUCGUGAAGCAACAGUGGUGGGCACCCGAGUUACUAGUCUGGUGGUGAGGAUCGGGAGGAUAACGAAGUCAACGUUUAAUCGUGCGUCGCUCGGCGGAGAAAGUGGUUGUGUGUGCAGAGAGUUGUUUCUACUUGCACAUAUGUUUCUAUCUGCACUAUCAAAUCUCCGAUCCGAGUCGUAGCAACACCGAGUAAAUAAACACGGAAAUAAUAUUUUUCGUUUCUACUCUAACGUACGCAUCGUUUUAAAUCAAUCAAAACAAUGUUCAUUUUGGCAUUGAAACGUCAACCGGCAAUGUUGUGAAGUUGAUUUAAUUUUCUAAAGUAAAAGAAAUAAAAGUAAUAUUGGAAAAUAAAGUAGUGAAAGAAAUAAAUGUUUAAACGGGAAGUGUUGAGCGGAAAUGAGUAACUGGAAUUAGGGAAAAUAUUAGAUCGGUUAAGUGUGUGUGUCAUCGCAACUCCUUUUCGGAGCAAUAAGAAUAAUUAAUUGAGUGACAAACAAGUAAAUACGAAAAGUGAAUAAUCAUGACGGUGGACAGACUGUUUGAGACCACUAGUAUUCCAGGGCAUCUCGCUCCCACGCCGGAACGACUGGAGCGGCUUCUUUCAAAACAGAAACUCGAAGAACUCUACGAGGUUGAGGAGCAGCCUUUCGCACGAGGGAAGUAUGCAACGGUGAAACGAUGUCGAGAAAGAUCAAGUGGACAACACUGGGCUGCCAAGUUUCUAAAGAAGAGACGACGAGCUCAAGAACUGAAAGCGGAAGCUCUUCAUGAAGUUGCGGUACUAGAUGCUGCAGCACAUUGCCCUCAGCUUGUAUCACUUCAUCAAGUCUUCGAAACGAAUUCGGAGAUGGUUCUAGUUCUUGAGCUGGCGCCAGGUGGUGAGUUGCAGAUGGUUCUAGACAGGGAUGAAAUUCCUGAAGAACGCCAGGUUGUUAGGUUACUACGUCAAAUUUUGGACGGUGUUGCGUUCCUUCACUCCAUUAACAUUGCACAUCUUGACAUCAAGCCACAAAAUUUGGUUAUGACUGGUGAAUUCCCUGAUUGUGAUGUAAAGCUAUGUGAUUUUGGUAUUUCACGGCAUAUUAGCCAGGACGCAAACAUUCGUGAAAUUUUGGGCACACCCGAUUAUAUAGCUCCAGAAGUACUCAAUUAUGAGCCAAUCAGUCUUGCUACAGACAUGUGGUCCGUGGGAGUUCUAUUGUACGUCCUUCUUACAGGAUGUUCUCCAUUUGGUGGAGACACAAAACAGGAAACAUUUUGUAAUAUUAGUCGCUGUCAUCUGGAUUUCCCUCAUGACUUAUUUGAGGAUGUGUCUGAGGAAGCUCGUGAUCUUAUGAGCAAGCUUAUGGUGAAAGAUGCAAGCCAACGAUUAACGGUCACUGAAUGCCUACAACAUCCGUGGUUCUCACUAUUCAAUGAUCCAGAGACAACCUUAUUGACAACAUCAUCAUCAGAAGAAUCAGAAGUUGUAGAAGAGAAUCCAACAAAUGAAGAUGUGUACUCUGAUAAGUGUUCAUCAUCUGAAAUAACAACUGAUGACAUUUCACACUCAACAGAAGCGAACGACGAGUUAGAGAUAUCGGAAUGUUUGUCAAAUGAAACCGAAAUUCAAACUACGGAACUUGAUGCUGUAACUUUAGAAGCUACUGCUGAUUAUUCGAAACCUACGUUACAAGUGACAGCUGUGAAACUUGGAUUAAGCCCCAAUAGGAAGGAUACUUUUAAGAAAAAUAUGGAAUCAUUAGCACAAAAAUUUUCCGAAACUGAUAUUUUUAUUAUUGAACAAAAUAAUUCAUCAUCAAGAACUACAGAAACCACCGUAUCUGAGACUGAAGUAUUCAAAUGCACACCAGUUUUUAUUCUUGGUGAAGAGCAACAAUACAACGAUAGUGGAAGUGAUACAGUUUCUGAAAUAUCGACAGAUAGUGCAAGUGAUCGUAGCAGUAUUUAUUCUGAUGAUUCUCUAGAUUUCAUUCUUUAUGGUAAAAGCCAAGGACGAGCAAGUUUUCCUUUUACUGGAACUGAAAUGGAUCGAUGGGAAAGACAUCAUCCUAGAGCAUGGUCACGAGAAUGCAAUGGAGUCGUGAACAAAGCUCUAAGUCGUUUUACUAUUGAAUCAGUAUCCGAUAAAUUACCGAAAAUUAUCGUACCAUCUUCAAACAAAGGAAAAACGGGUCUGGAGGCAUUGAGAGAAAGAGGAAGUAAUUUGGUAGUUAUUCGGGAACCUGUGAAAGCUGGAAGAUAUACUCGAUAUAGUGAAGUUCAAUGUGAGUCUGUUCAAGCAAGAAUUCGUCGAUUCCAAGUUGAAGGAGGAUCUUAAAUUCAUGAGAAUGAACUUAGAGAUUGGAUUUUAUCUUGAUGAUAUCGUUGGCGUACACAUGAGUAUUAAGGUGUAUAUUGGAGCUUGAUAUUGAGAAACCUCCAGGUACAACCGCAUAAUAAUGCUGUUAACUGAAGUAGAGGUGAAGACUUGUAAAAAUUUGAGUAAUUUAAGGAUAAAUAGUCACAGUAAGAAUUGUUAAUUGCUUUACAUAAUGUCAAUUGAAAAGAAAUUAAUAAUCUGCUGGUUGGAAAAGUUUACACGAAAAGUUUUGUCAAUGUUGGUGUAAAUAUAUCGGAAUAACGGUUAGUUGGAUAAGUGGUGUGAGUGAAUAAGAAAUUAGCAUAAACAAACGUGUGAUAAGGACAUUCUUUGUUUUCUGUCCAUAUCAAUAGACUGAUUGACCGUUCCUUGAAUGAAUUGGAAAUAUUGUACACAGGAGUGCCGUUAAGUGUUCAUUUUAAUCGCCAUAUUAUAUCAAUCAAUGGAACUUAUUUUUUAACUAAUUUACAAUCGUAAUUUUGUUCAGCAUUUGGUACAUAAAUAAGUCUUUAAUAAUAUUUUUAGCGUCAAAAAAUUUCAUCUACAUGAGAAAAUUGCACAGUUUAUACAUCAUUUUAUGCUAUUACAUGCAUCAAUGAAUCGUUUGUGCUCAAAUGUAACUUUAAACUAGCUUGACUCUAACAAAGGUAGGUCAACAGUUCAAUUCUCUGUUUCCGUCAUUCAUCGGUAGAAUAAUGUUUUUAGAAAUAUUUUUCAUGUUUAUGAUGAUUUUAAUUGCCGAAAAUUAUAUUAAUGUUUACAAAUUCAUUCAUUGUUAAUAUUGAAGGUUUAAAAUGGUUGAGAAUUGAAACGUUAAUUAGUUUUCGUGUUAAAAAAAAAAAAAAUUACAAAAACAAGUUUAGGAAAUUUUUAGGAAAUGUGUAUUUUUUAGAAAAUUUAAUAUAAUCUUUUAUGUACUAUAACACCAUCGCUGCCUUAAAAAGUCGCCAUUUAAUUGUAUUCAUAGAUUUAGUGUAAGAUCCGCAAUUAAACAAGU